UUUUCUAUGAGAUUUAAAAUCUCAAUGUCUCUGAUUUUUGCAAGGGAUUCUGGAGCACCAAAAUUUUUUCAGUAAGGAUUUAGAGCAGCAAAGUCAGGACUCAAAAUAAGCAGUUUGUUGCAGAUUCCAAAAUUCAGCGAGCAGAAUGUUCAAAACUGGAAGGCGGCAGCUUUGGAAACAAAGCAUUAGCAGAGUUUUGAAGCAAAAGCUAAAAGAGGAGAAAGAGGCUAAGCGAGCCCACCUAGAUGGCAGACACGAUUAUAUACUGUCCAUCCUGGCUUCCUGUGUGGACCUAGAGAAAGCAGAAGUGGAAGAUGCCAUCCUUGAAGGAAAUCAGAUUGAGCGCAUUGAUAAAUUCUUCACAGCUGGAGGUUUUCGUCAUGUCAUGUUCUACUAUCAAGAUGUGGAGGCAUCUGAAACAGGGCUUGGAAGUUCAGCAGGAACUAACCCCCUCUCUGCUAAGAGCAAAAAGCCUAAAUUAUUUGUGACAGACGGAAAGGAUGUUGCUUUAACUGGGAUCUGUGUCUUCUUCAUUAGAACAAAUCCAUCCAAAGCAAUAACUACAGAGAAUAUUAAUCGUGAAGUCGUUUUCAAUAUGAUGGAUGCGUCUCAAGGUGGCUUACUGAACAGCAUACAGCACUUACUGUCAGAUAUCUUCAUUCCAGCUCUGAAGACCAUGAAUUACGCCUGGGGAGAGUUGAGUGGCCCCCAGAAAGGGACAAAUGUUAAGCAAGACUUCAUUGCUUCUCUGGAAGGAUUUGUUAAUGUUCUUUCAGGAGCUCAGCAGAGUCUGAUGGAGAAGGUGACUCUGAAGGAGUGUGAAACCUAUGAUUUGAAAACCCUUAAAGGCCCUGCAGACUAUAUGGUUGCAGCAAAUAGUACAGAGACCCUGGAGCGAAUAGAAGCCUGCAUGAAAGCAUGGAUUAAACAAAUUGAACAGGUGAUUGCUGAGAAUAACCAGCUGCGAAAAGAAGCAGAUGACCUCGGACCACGAGCAGAACUGGAUCACUGGAAGAAGCGACUGUCCAAGUUUAAUUACUUACUGGACCAGCUGAAGACAUCAGAUGUGAAGGCUGUGCUUGGAGUGCUUACUGUUGCUAAAUCAAAACUUUUGAAGAGCUGGCGAGAGUUGGAUGCUCGGAUCACAGAUGCAACAAAUGAAGCUAAAGAUAAUGUCAAAUAUUUGUACACCCUUGAGAAAUGCUGCGAUCCCUUAUACAAUAGUGAUCCAGUGGCCAUGGUAGAUGCUAUUCCGGGCCUUAUACAUGCGAUCAAAAUGAUCCAUAGCAUCUCACGCUACUACAAUACUUCAGAGAAGAUAACGUCCUUGUUUGUGAAGGUUACAAAUCAAAUGAUAACUGCUUGUAAGUCUUACAUUACCAAUAACAACACCGCCACCAUCUGGGAUCAGCCUCAAGAUAUAGUUCUGGAAAAAAUUCAAGCAGCAAUAAGACUUAAACAGGAAUAUCAAAACUGUUUUCACAAGACCAAACAAAAACUGGAACAGAGUCCAGCUGAACGGCAGUUUGAUUUUAGUGAGAUGUACAUUUUUGGAAAAUUUGAAACUUUUCAUCGCCGCCUGCUGAAGAUUAUGAAAAUCUUUGACACCAUCACAACCUAUUCAGUUUUACAAGACUCAAAAAUAGAAGGACUAGAAGUGAUGGCAACAAGAUAUCAGAGCAUUGUUGCCACCAUGAAAAAGAAGAAGUACAACUUCUUAGAUCAAAGGAAAACUGAGUUUGACCAAGACUAUGAAGAGUUUCUUAAGCAAACAAAUGAUCUUCAUCAACAAUUACAAGUGUUUAUGGACAUUACCUUUGAAAAGAUUACACACACUGAAAGAGCUCUUGAUAUGCUGAAGAAAUUUGAAAGGUUAAAAAUCCCAAACCUUGGCAUUGAUGAUAAAUACAAAGUAAUCCUUCAAAACUAUGGCCAUGACAUUGAGAUGGUCUCUAAGCUGUAUUCCAGGCAAAAGAAUGAUCCUCCACUGGCUCGUAACCUUCCUCCAAUGGCUGGGAAGAUCUUAUGGGCCCGGCAGCUGUUCCACAGAAUCCAAGAACCCAUGAGUCUUUUCCAAAAGCAUUCUACAGUUUUGCAGACAGCAGAAGCUAAGCCCAUCAUCCGCAACUAUAACAGGGUGGCUCAAGUCCUUCUGGAGUUUGAGAUUGUCUACCACAGGGGAUGGCUUCAACAGGUGCAACUAACCAAAGCAGGACUUCAGGCAUCUUUGUUGGUGAAAGCUCCAGAGACCGGAGAAAUAUUUGUGAAUUUUGACCCAGAGAUUCUCACCUUAAUAAGGGAAACAGAGUGCAUGGCACGCAUGGGGCUGGAAAUUCCACCAUUUGCCAUUGCUCUUCAACAAAAACGUGAUACUUACAAACAGAACUUCGAUAAGCUACAGAUGAUGCUGGCAGAGUACAAAAGAGUGAAAUCCAAAAUCCAAGCUCCUCUUCUUACACUAAUGAUUCCUCAUGUUGCUAAAGUGGAUGAUGCCAUACAGCCUGGUCUGACUACCCUGACCUGGACAUCCUUGAAUAUUGAGAAAUACUUACAGAAUGUUUUGGAUAAACUUGCUGACUUUGAGCUGCUGCUUGAUCGAAUAAAUGACUUGAUAGAAUUUCGUAUUAAUACUGUUCUUCAAGAAAUGAGCAGUGUGCCUCUUUGCAACCUCCCUGAAGAUGAUCCAUUGACCUGUGAGCAAUUUCUUCAUAUCACAAAGGAGCUCUGUACUAAGGGAGCAUACACAUUGCACCUGAAAAGCUCAUUGGUAGAGGAAGCAACUAGUGAGCUUAUCAAUAUGUUAUUAGACAUGGAUGUACAGAACAAAGAGGAUAUUGAUGAGAAGCUUGCAACUGAAAGCAAGCCUGAAGAAAUGGAUGAAGCAGCAGAAGAGGAUGGGCCAUCAGACUUUUUAGCUUCCUCACAUACUGCUAGCCAGAUAUCAACACGUUUAUCUUCCCCAAUGACCAGGAAAAAAAAGAAGGAAAUGGAAAUGCUAGAGGAAGGAGCCCAAGAACUGCUGUCCCAUUUCAGUCAUCGCAAUGUUGAUGCUCUUCUAAAGGUUACUCGCAACACCCUGGAGGCUAUUCGCAAGCGCAUUCAUGCCUCUUAUGCAACCAGUUUCUUAGAUAAUGAGAAUGCUUCCAAGCAGAAACAGAGUGCUCAGCCCAUAUUUAGGGCGAGUGUUGUCCUUUCUAUUCCAAAUUUUGCUAUGGUCCCAGGCCUUGACGAAGUACAGCAAACGCUCAACAAAGCUGUAGACUACAUUGUAAGUGUCAUGAAACGAGUUGAACAGUGGAGUAAAGAAAGACUUUCAAAGAAAAAGAUCCUAGAAAGAAAAAUGGCUGCUUUAAGAAGUGAUGGUGACAAUGAUUCUGAGAAAGAAACGGGAGAAACUGAACAAGGAAAUAUUCACGACACUGCUUCAGAUACAAUAUCUUUGACUUUGCCUGCUCCUAUCCCAAACAAGAACUACUACAAAAUCAUUUCAGAGAAUAAAGAAAUAAUUAAAUUGAUGUCUGUUCUGAGUACAAGUAUCACUUCCACCAGAAGGGAAAUUGUUGCAGCCUUGGAACGGUUCAAAUGUUACCAUCAUAUCUGGCAGCGGGAGAAAGAAGAAACUAUUGGAAACUUUGUCAAAGGAAACCCACUGCUGUCUGAAUUUGAAUCCCAAAUUCUUUAUUACAGAGACUUAGAACUAGACAUUAACUCGGAGCCUGAAUACAUCUGUGUAGGAACUGUUGCACUAUAUACUGUGGACCUAAAGCUGGCACUUACAACAGAAACCAAAGCUUGGAUGAUUGCAUUUGGAUGUCACUGUAACAAGGCUUACAGGACAGAAAUGGAAAACAUCUUCGGCUUUGUUGAGGAAAUCAGCAAAAGACUGAAUCGCCAGAUUAAAGAUCUGGAUGAUAUACGCAUCGCUAUGGCUGCGCUGAAAGAGAUCCGAGAGAAACAGAUUGCCAUAGACUUCCAAGUGGGGCCAAUUGAGGAGUCUUACGCGAUGUUGAACAAGUAUGAGUUACUGGUUGCAAAGGAAGAAAUGGAAAAGGUGGACACCCUGCGUUACACCUGGGAGAAACUGCUAGUCCGAGCAAACGAAGUACAGAAUGAAUUAGUGGCACUGCAGCCUAAAUUCAGAGGGGAACUAAUAAGCACAGUGGAGAUAUUUGUUGAAGACUGUGAUCAGUUCUACUUGGACUACGAUAAGAACGGUCCUAUGGUAGCUGGUCUUGAACCUCAGGAAGCUAGUGACAGGCUUAUCAUGUUUCAGAAUCGAUUUGAAAACCUUUAUCGGAAAUACGUCACCUACACUGGGGGUGAAGAGCUUUUCGGUCUACCUGUGACUCAGUACCCUCAGCUCCUUGAGAUAAAGAAGCAGCUCAACCUGUUACAAAAACUUUAUGGCCUUUACAACAAUGUCAUUGAAACUGUAAAUGGCUACUAUGAUAUCCUCUGGUCUGAAGUGAACAUUGAGAAGAUUAAUAAUGAACUCCUUGAGUUUCAGAACAGGUGCCGUAAAUUGCCCCGAGCUUUGAAGGAAUGGCAAGCCUUUCUAGACCUAAAGAAGACAAUCGAUGACUUCAAUGAAUGUUGCCCUUUGCUUGACCUCAUGUCCAACAAAGCCAUGAUGUCACGUCACUGGAAACGCAUCACUGAUCUCACUGACCACAGUUUUGAUGUUGAAAAUGAGACUUUCAAAUUGAGAAACAUCAUGGAAGCACCUUUGCUGAAAUAUAAAGAAGAGAUUGAGGAUAUCUGCAUCAGUGCAAUGAAGGAGAAGGAGAUUGAACAGAAACUGAAACAAGUGAUUGCUGAGUGGGACAACAAAACGUUCACUUUUGCCACCUUUAAAGCCCGAGGGGAGCUGCUGUUGAGGGGAGACAGCACUUCUGAAAUAAUUGCAAGCAUGGAGGACAGCUUGAUGGUUCUGGGCUCUCUAAUGAGCAACAGGUACAACACACCUUUCAAGGCUCAGAUUCAAAAGUGGGUACAGUACUUGUCUAACACAACGGACAUUAUUGAGAACUGGAUGACUGUACAGAAUCUGUGGAUAUACUUGGAGGCUGUCUUUGUGGGUGGAGACAUUGCCAAACAGCUUCCAAAGGAAGCCAAGCGUUUUUCUAACAUUGAUAAAUCCUGGGUGAAGAUUAUGACCAGAGCUCAUGAAAUACCAAAUGUGGUCCAGUGCUGUGUUGGAGACGAAACCAUGGGACAGCUGCUUCCCCAUUUGCUGGAUCAGCUGGAAAUUUGUCAGAAGUCUCUUACAGGGUAUUUGGAGAAAAAGCGACUAUCCUUUCCUCGUUUCUUCUUUGUCUCAGACCCUGCUUUGUUGGAGAUUCUGGGCCAAGCAUCAGAUUCUCACACAAUCCAGGCUCACUUGCUCAAUGUCUUCGAUAACAUCAAAUCUGUAAAAUUCCAUGAAAAGGUUUAUGACCGGAUUCUUUCCAUUUCAUCUCGGGAAGGUGAGACUAUUGAACUGGAAAAGCCUGUAAUGGCAGAAGGAAAUGUGGAGGUUUGGCUCAACUCCCUCCUGAAGGAGUCCCAGAGUUCUUUGCAUCUGGUGAUUCGACAGGCAGCGGCAAGUAUUCAGGAACCAGACUUCCAACUAAUAGAAUUUCUUUCUUCCUUCCCUGCCCAGGUUGGCUUGCUAGGGAUUCAAAUGAUCUGGACUCGAGAUGCUGAAGAAGCUUUGACGAAUGCAAAAUAUGAUAAGAAAAUAAUGCAGAAAACGAACCAGUUUUUCCUGGACCUUUUGAACACUCUGAUAGACAUGACUACUAAGGAUCUGAGUCCUGUGGAGCGCGUCAAAUAUGAGACCCUGAUCACAAUUCACGUGCAUCAGCGGGAUAUAUUUGAUGACCUGUGCCGUAUGCAUAUUAAGAAUCCUACAGAUUUCGAGUGGCUGAAACAAUGCAGAUUUUAUUUCAAUGAAGAUUCAGACAAAAUGAUGAUUAACAUCACAGAUGUGGCCUUCACUUAUCAGAAUGAAUUUCUGGGCUGUACAGACAGACUUGUCAUCACGCCUCUCACUGAUAGGUGUUACAUUACUUUGGCUCAAGCGCUGGGUAUGAGCAUGGGGGGAGCACCUGCGGGACCUGCAGGAACUGGCAAAACUGAAACAACCAAGGACAUGGGGCGAUGCCUUGGAAAAUAUGUUGUGGUCUUCAAUUGUUCAGACCAGAUGGAUUUUCGAGGAUUGGGGAGGAUUUUUAAAGGUCUUGCUCAGUCUGGAUCCUGGGGCUGCUUUGAUGAGUUUAACCGCAUUGAUUUACCAGUGUUAUCUGUGGCUGCACAGCAAAUUGCCAUUGUUCUAACAUGUAAGAAGGAGCGGAAGAAGAACUUCAUUUUUACGGAUGGUGAUAAUGUGGAAAUGAAUCCUGAAUUUGGACUUUUUUUGACAAUGAACCCUGGAUAUGCUGGCCGUCAAGAGCUGCCUGAAAACCUGAAGAUUAACUUCCGCUCGGUGGCAAUGAUGGUUCCUGAUCGACAGAUCAUUAUCCGUGUCAAACUGGCAAGCUGUGGUUUUAUUGAUAACAUUGUGCUUGCAAGAAAGUUUUUCACCUUGUACAAACUUUGUGAAGAACAGCUAUCUAAGCAGGUACAUUAUGACUUUGGGCUAAGGAAUAUAUUGUCAGUAUUGCGAACUCUUGGAGCGGCUAAAAGAUCAAACCCUGACGACACCGAAUCUACUAUUGUAAUGCGUGUCCUGAGAGACAUGAAUCUUUCUAAGCUGAUUGAUGAAGAUGAACCAUUAUUUCUGAGUCUGAUUGAAGAUCUUUUCCCAAGUAUUCAGCUUGACAAGGCAGGCUAUCCAGAACUAGAAGCUGCCAUCAGUAAACAGGUUGCAGAGGCUGGCUUAAUUAAUCAUCCCCCAUGGAGACUGAAAGUCAUCCAGCUGUUUGAAACACAAAGAGUGCGCCAUGGCAUGAUGGCCCUGGGGCCCAGUGGGGCAGGCAAAACUACAUGCAUUCACACACUGAUGAAAUCCAUGACAGACUGUGGGCAGCCACAUCGUGAAAUGAGAAUGAAUCCUAAGGCUAUCACUGCACCUCAGAUGUUUGGACGUCUUGACGUUGCAACCAAUGAUUGGACAGAUGGAAUAUUCUCCACCCUUUGGAGGAAAACAUUGAGAGCUAAGAAGGGAGAGCACAUUUGGAUAGUACUUGACGGUCCCGUUGAUGCAAUUUGGAUUGAGAACUUGAAUUCAGUACUUGAUGACAACAAAACAUUGACCUUGGCUAAUGGAGAUCGGAUCCCUAUGGCGCCAAACUGUAAAAUUGUAUUUGAGCCUCAUAAUAUUGACAAUGCCUCUCCUGCCACUGUGUCAAGGAAUGGCAUGGUGUUCAUGAGCUCAUCGGUUUUGAACUGGAGUCCCAUUCUUGAGGGCUUCCUGAAAAAGCGUCCUGGACAGGAAGCUGAGAUUUUGCGUCAACUGUAUACAGCAUCUUUUCCCGACCUUUACCGAUUUAGCAUCCAAUCCUUGGAAUAUAAGAUAGAGAUGCUAGAAGCCUUUGUGAUAAUGCAGAGCAUCAAUAUGCUGCAAGGUCUUAUUCCUUGUAAGGAGCAAGGAGGAGAAAUAACAGCAGAGUUCCUGGAAAGAUUGUACAUUUUCUCCCUGAUGUGGAGCAUUGGAGCAUUGCUGGAAUUAGAAGACCGCCGAAAGAUGGAGAACUGGCUUCGUGGCCACGAGACCAUAAAACUGGACCUUCCCACUAUACCAGAAGGAAGUGAAGACACUAUGUUCGACUACUAUGUUACCAGUGAUGGAAAAUGGAUGCAUUGGAAUACUUGUGUUGAAGAAUAUGUUUAUCCUGCCAGCAGCACUCCAGAGUAUGGUUCUAUCUUGGUGCCAAAUGUUGACAAUGUCAGAACAGAUUUCCUUAUCCAAACUAUUGCAAAACAAGGAAAGGCAGUGCUGCUAAUUGGUGAACAAGGGACGGCUAAGACUGUCAUCAUCAAAGGAUACAUGUCGAAAUAUAAUCCUGAAAGUCACAUGGCCAAGAGUCUGAACUUCUCAUCAGCAACAACUCCUUUCAUGUUUCAGCGCACCAUAGAAAGUUAUGUGGACAAGCGAAUGGGCACAACAUAUGGCCCUCCUGCUGGAAAGAAAAUGACAGUCUUUAUUGAUGAUGUGAAUAUGCCUGUGAUCAAUGAAUGGGGAGACCAGGUAACCAAUGAGAUAGUCAGGCAAUUGAUGGAGCAAAAUGGGUUCUAUAAUUUGGAGAAACCUGGAGAAUUUACCAACAUUGUGGACAUCCAGUUCUUGGCUGCUAUGAUCCAUCCUGGUGGUGGACGCAAUGACAUCCCUCAGAGGCUGAAGAGGCAGUUCUCUGUGUUUAAUUGCACUCUGCCUUCCAAUUCAUCCAUCGACAAAAUUUUUGGUGUGAUUGGCACAGGACACUACUGUAGUCAGAGGGGCUUUCUGGAAGAGGUGAGAAUAACCAUUGCUAAGCUGGUACCACUGACACGAAGGCUGUGGCAACUGACCAAGACCAAGAUGCUGCCAACACCAGCUAAAUUUCAUUAUGUGUUCAAUCUCCGAGAUCUUUCCAGGAUUUGGCAAGGAAUGCUUAACACCAUCUCAGAAGUAAUCAGCGAAUCUAAUGUGCUCAUAAAACUAUGGAAGCAUGAAUGUAAGCGUGUUAUUGCCGAUCGUUUCACAACCCCUGAGGAUGUUGCUUGGUUUGAUACAGCAUUAGCAAAACUGGUUGAAGAAGAGUUUGGUGCUGAGAAAAAAGCACUAGUAGAUCCACAGACUGAUGCUUACUUUGUGGACUUCUUAAGAGAUGCACCUGAAGCAACAGGUCUGGAAAAGGAAAAAUCUCUGAAAGGAGAGGAACCAGAAGAAGCAGAAGUUGACAUGCCAAAAGUAUAUGAACCCGUUGAAUCUUUUGAUCAGCUGAAGGACCGCUUGAACAUGUUCUUACAAAUAUACAAUGAAAGCAUCCGCGGGGCAGGAAUGGACUUGGUGUUUUUUAAGGAUGCAAUGAUUCAUUUAGUAAAGAUCUCUCGUGUAAUCCGGACGCCUCGUGGGAAUGCUCUGCUUGUUGGUGUUGGUGGAUCUGGAAAGCAGAGUUUGACAAAAUUGGCAUCAUUCAUAGCUGGCUAUGAUAUGUUCCAGAUCACACUGACCAGAUCUUACAACACUUCCAACCUGAUGGAAGACCUCAAGCAUCUAUAUAGGACUGCUGGGCAGCAAGGCAAAGGAAUCAGCUUUAUUUUUACAGACAAUGAGAUAAAAGAUGAGGCCUUUUUGGAGUACAUGAAUAAUGUUCUGUCAUCAGGAGAGGUUUCCAACUUGUUUGCCCGUGAAGAAAUAGAUGAAAUCACUGGUGAUCUCAUACCAGUUAUGAAGAAGGAGAAUCCACGUCGGCCUCCCACCAAUGAGAACUUGCAUGAUUUUUUCAUGACAAGAGUGCGUCAGAAUCUGCAUGUCAUUCUCUGCUUUUCACCCGUGGGUGAAAAAUUCCGAAACCGAGCUUUGAAGUUCCCUGCACUUAUUUCUGGUUGUACUAUAGACUGGUUCAGCCGCUGGCCCAAAGAUGCUCUUGUUGCUGUGUCAGAACAUUUCUUGUCAUCCUAUGAAGUUGACUGCACUGAUGAUGUCAAACAAGAGAUGGUGCAGUGCAUGGGUUCUUUCCAGGAUGGUGUUGCAGAGAAGUGUGUUGACUACUUCCAGAGAUAUCGUCGAUCUACACAUGUGACUCCCAAGUCCUAUUUGUCCUUUAUUCAGGGAUAUAAAGCUAUAUACAGAGAAAAACAUGCUGAGGUGCAGACUUUGGCCAACAGAAUGAAUACUGGACUGGAGAAACUGAAAGAAGCCUCUGAAUCAGUGGCUGCUUUGAGCAAAGAGCUGGAAGCUAAGGAAAAAGAGCUCCAGGUUGCCAAUGAAAAAGCUGAUAUGGUGCUAAAAGAGGUCACAGUGAAAGCGCAGGCUGCUGAAAAGGUGAAGGCAGAAGUGCAAAAGGUGAAAGACAAGGCUCAGGCGAUUGUAGACAGCAUCUCCGCAGACAAGGCUAUCGCCGAAGAAAAAUUAGAGGCAGCCAAACCUGCUUUAGAAGAGGCGGAGGCUGCUUUGCAGACUAUCAAACCUGCAGACAUUGCCACUGUCCGCACAUUGGGCCGACCACCUCACCUUAUUAUGCGCAUCAUGGACUGUGUGCUGCUGCUCUUCCAAAGGAAGGUAAAUGCUGUCAAAGUAGACACAGAGAAGAAUUGUGCCAUUCCAUCAUGGCAGGAAUCCUUGAAACUGAUGACAGCAGGAAACUUCUUGCAGAACCUACAGCAAUUUCCUAAAGAUACGAUCAAUGAAGAAGUGGUGGAGCUUUUAAACCCUUACUUUGAAAUGGGGGACUACAAUAUUGAGACAGCAAGGAGGGUUUGUGGAAAUGUUGCUGGUCUUUGCUCAUGGACCAAAGCAAUGUCUGCCUUCUUUGCUAUCAACAAGGAAGUUUUACCUUUAAAGGCUAACCUGGCAGUCCAGGAGAACCGUCUGAAAAAUGCCAUGUUAGAUCUACAGAAAGCUCAAGCUGAGUUAGAUGCCAAGCAAGCUGAGCUUGAUGUUGUCCAGGCUGAGUAUGAGAAGGCUAUGAGAGAGAAACAGACGUUGCUUGAGGAUGCAGAACGCUGCAGGCAUAAAAUGCAGACAGCUUCCAGUCUUAUCAGUGGUCUGGCUGGGGAAAAGGAAAGGUGGACUGAGCAAAGUAAAGAGUUUGCUGUGCAGACAAAGAGGCUUGUGGGGGAUGUCCUGCUAGCCACAGCCUUUCUGUCCUAUUCGGGGCCUUUUAACCAAGAAUUCCGCAAUCUCUUGUUAACUGGUUGGCAACGGGAAAUGAAGGCUCGGAAAAUCCCAUUUGGAAACAAUCUGAAUCUCACGGAUAUGCUGAUUGAUGCCCCCACUGUCAGUGAAUGGAAUCUUCAAGGUCUGCCCAACGAUGAUCUAUCCAUACAGAAUGGCAUCAUUGUGACCAAAGCAGCUCGUUAUCCUUUGCUGAUUGACCCACAGACGCAGGGAAAGAUCUGGAUUAAAAACAAGGAAGUGAGGAAUGAACUGCAGAUCACCUCUCUAAAUCACAAGUAUUUCAGAAAUCACUUGGAAGAUAGCCUUUCCCUUGGAAGGCCCUUGCUAAUUGAAGAUGUUGGAGAAGAGCUGGACCCUGCAUUGGAUAAUGUGUUGGAACGAAACUUCAUCAAAACAGGUUCUACCUACAAGGUGAAAGUUGGGGAUAAAGAAGUGGAUGUAAUGACUGGCUUCAGGCUUUAUAUUACCACCAAACUUCCAAAUCCAGCAUAUACCCCUGAGAUUAGUGCUCGCACCUCUAUCAUUGAUUUCACUGUCACUAUGAAAGGUCUGGAGGAUCAGCUUCUCGGGAGAGUCAUUCUAACAGAAAAGCAGGAACUGGAGAAAGAGCGAACUGAUCUUAUGGAAGAUGUGACGGCUAACAAAAGAAAGAUGAAAGAACUGGAAGAUAACUUGCUUUAUCGGCUGACAAGCACACAAGGCUCUCUGGUGGAAGAUGAGAGUCUCAUCAUUGUACUUAGCAACACAAAGAAGACAGCGGAAGAGGUGACACAGAAACUGCAAAUUUCAGCUGAGACAGAAAUACAGAUUAAUUCAGCCCGUGAGGAAUAUAGACCAGUUGCAACAAGAGGCAGCAUUCUCUAUUUCCUGAUAACUGAGAUGAGCAUGGUGAAUGUCAUGUAUCAAACCUCACUUCGACAGUUCUUGGGACUCUUUGAUCUUUCACUUGCCAGGUCUGUCAAGAGCCCAAUUACAAGCAAGAGAAUAGCAAAUAUCAUUGAGCAUAUGACCUAUGAAGUGUAUAAGUAUGCUGCACGAGGGCUGUAUGAGGAGCACAAGUUCCUGUUUACGUUACUGCUUACCUUGAAGAUUGACUUGCAGCGAGGCAGAGUGAAGCAUGAGGAGUUCCUGACGCUGAUUAAAGGUGGUGCUUCUUUGGAUCUGAAGGCAUGUCCCCCUAAACCAGCAAAAUGGAUCUUGGAUAUGACCUGGCUAAACUUGGUGGAGCUCAGUAAACUCAGACAAUUCUCAGAUGUUCUUGACCAAAUCUCACGGACAGAGAAACAGUGGAAGAUUUGGUUUGAUAGGGAGAAACCUGAAGAAGAACUUGUUCCCAGUGGUUAUGACCAAGCAUUGGAUUGUUUUAGACGCCUCCUUCUCAUAAGAUCUUGGUGUCCUGAUAGAACUAUAGCUCAGGCUAGGAAGUACAUUAUGGAUACCAUGGGAGAAAAAUAUGUAGAAGGGGUCAUCCUGGAUUUGGAGAAGACUUGGGAGGAAUCGGAUCCACGGACACCUCUUAUCUGCUUCCUUUCCAUGGGGUCUGAUCCUACUGAUUCUAUCAUUGCUUUAGGGAAACGGCUGAAAAUUGAGACCCGUUAUGUUUCCAUGGGUCAAGGGCAGGAAGUCCAUGCACGCAAACUUCUGCAGCAAACUAUGGCACAUGGUGGAUGGGCUCUUCUUCAGAACUGCCACCUCGGCCUUGACUUUAUGGAUGAACUGAUGGACACCGUUGUGGAAACAGAAACUAUUCAUGAAGCUUUUCGAUUGUGGAUGACUACAGAGGUUCAUAAGCACUUUCCCAUUACCCUUCUCCAAAUGUCUAUUAAAUUUACCAAUGAGCCUCCUCAAGGACUCAGAGCUGGCCUAAAGAGAACCUAUGGAGGUGUGAGUCAGGAUCUCUUGGAUAUCAGCAACAUGGUACAGUGGAAACCGAUGCUCUAUGCUGUAGCUUUCUUACACUCCACAGUCCAGGAGAGAAGGAAAUUUGGACCUCUAGGAUGGAACAUUCCUUAUGAAUUCAAUCAAGCUGAUUUUAAUGCCACAGUACAAUUCGUUCAGAACCAUCUGGAUGACAUGGACAUUAAAAAGGGGGUGUCUUGGAAUACUGUUCGUUACAUGAUCGGGGAGAUUCAGUAUGGUGGAAGAGUUACAGAUGACUAUGACAAGAGGCUGCUUAACACAUUUGCUAAAGUAUGGUUUAGUGAGAACAUGUUUGGUCAAGAUUUUUCCUUUUACAAAGGCUACAGCAUCCCCAAAUGCACUGCAGUGGAACAGUAUCUUCAGUACAUUCAGAGCUUGCCUGCUUAUGAUACCCCUGAAGUAUUUGGACUGCAUCCCAAUGCAGACAUUACUUACCAGAGCAAGCUUGCAAAAGAUGUGCUCGACACCAUUCUCAGCAUCCAGCCAAAAGACAGCUCCAGUGGAGGAGGUGAGACCAGAGAGGCUGUGGUGGCUAGGCUGGCUGAUGAUAUGCUGGAGAAGCUUCCUGCAGACUACAUGCCAUUUGAGGUUAAGGAAAGGCUUCAGCAGAUGGGUCCGUUCCAGCCGAUGAAUAUCUUCCUCCGACAGGAGAUCGAUAGAAUGCAAAGGAUUAUUGCCCUGGUGCGAAAUACUUUGACAGAUCUAAAACUAGCCAUUGAUGGAACCAUCAUUAUGAGUGAGAAUCUCAGAGACGCUUUGGACUGUAUGUACGAUGCAAGGAUUCCUGAACGUUGGAGGAAGGCAUCUUGGGCUUCCAGCACCCUUGGAUUCUGGUUUACUGAACUUCUGGAAAGGAACCGACAAUUUCACUGUUGGAUUUUUGAGGGGCGGCCAAACUGCUUUUGGAUGACAGGGUUCUUCAACCCCCAAGGAUUUUUAACUGCAAUGAGACAGGAAAUAACUCGAGCAAACAAAGGAUGGGCCCUUGACAGUGUAGUUUUAUGCAAUGAAGUCACCAAGUGGAUGAAGGAUGAUAUCACCACUCCUCCUUCUGAAGGUGUUUAUGUAUAUGGCCUCUACCUUGAAGGAGCUGGCUGGGACAAAAGGAACUUGAAACUCAUAGAAUCAAAACCUAAGGUGCUCUUUGAACCAAUGCCUGUGAUAAGGAUAUAUGCAGAAAACAACACCUCAAGAGAUCCGCGGCUAUACUCGUGUCCGAUCUACAAAAAACCAGUUCGAACAGAUCUGAAUUACAUUGCUGCAGUAGAUCUACGGACCACCCAGCCUCCUGACCACUGGAUAUUACGUGGAGUUGCACUGCUAUGUGAUGUCAAGUAAUGUUGAGGGAACACCUCAGUUUAUUUUUAGAUGGAGUUUUUCGAGCAAAGUUUCCUUUCUCCUUCAUAUUCUUCACUUGCCACCCACAUUAUAAAGCAACUAGCUAGUUGACUGGCCACAGAUGCAUGCACAUCUGUGUUUAAAUAAUCUUAAGAGCAUUAAUUUUUUAACUGUAUCUUGACAUUCUCUCAAAGGUUAAUGGACUAACAAUAUGGAGAAGGUUAAUUUUCAGGCACUAAAAUCCUUCUAUAUACACUCCCCCAUUCACUUCUAGAGAUUCAUGUGUGUCUAGGUGUCUCAUAGAAUUGUACUUUUAGACAUCAGGGUAAGUGACUUAGAAUAGACAGGAAGACAUUAUUUGUCACUGUAACCUCCUAGUGUAACAAAUACCUGGCAAUUUCUACAGAAGAGGGGAAAAAAGGAAUUCAGCCUUCCACAUAAAAUUCAGGGUUUCGCCCACAGUGGUUUAAAGCAAACUGGCAGCCUUGUCAUGGCUGGUUUGCAAUAUUUCCUCAGCUAGCACAGGUUUGCUGCCUUUCUGGCCCACUUGAAAUUAAUUGGCUGCACUUCAGAGAGAGCUGUGUGUGCUGAGUUCCUUUUGAAAUCAGUAGGAACUAUGUACAAAACAGGUUUUUUUUUUAUUAUAUCUGCUCUGCUUGACACGAUUUUGGUGGGUGAAGUUC